CCUGUUAGCAACCGAGGCAUGACGCCUGUACGGUAUCCAUGGAGUAUAUGACAACAGUUUCUGCUCUUUUUUUUUAUUGACUUAGCAAUUCGGAAACGCGUGAAAAGGACAUAAAAAGUCUGAUUUGUUAGUCGGUGCCGACGUUACCAGAAACCCUUUAAAUAAUCUUUAGUGUCGGUCAGGCCAGCUAGGCUAACUUUGUUAUCGACAGGGGGGCUUUUUUUACGUUAGCUUUAGCUGGUUAGCUCGCUAAUCCACAAUACGAAGAGCUCGUCUAACUAGGAAACACACAUCGAAACUCCAACUAUGAGCGAACAGCUGAAAUUCAUCGUUCAACAACUGAACAUGGAGCCAUUCAGGAAGAACUUUAACCUCAUCACGUUUGAUUCUCUAGAGCCUAUGCAGCUACUACAGAUUUUAAACGAUGUUCUGGCUGAAAUAGACCCAAAGCAAGCCAUGGAUAUCCGAGAAGAAAUGCCUGAGCAAACGGUGAAGAGGAUGUCAUCACUGCUGGGGAUGCUGAAAUACAAACCUCCUGGGAACCUCUCUGACGUAAGCAGCUUCAGACAGGGUCUGGUGACUGGCAGCAAACCUGUGGUUCAUCCAAUCCUCCACUGGUUACUGCAGAAAGUCCCUGAGCUAAAGAAGAGGGUUUACCUGGCCCGUUUUCUGGUGAAGCUGGAGGUGCCCGCUGAGUUUUUGCAGGAUGAUAUCAUCAACGACACCUAUCAUCAGUAUGAAGAGCUGGUGGAAGGAUUUAAGACGUACCAUAAGGAGCGUGAGCAUCUGAGGAGUUCGGGCUUCUCCACGGCGGAAAUCAGAAGGGAUAUUAAUGCCAUGGAGGAAGAAAAAGAUCAACUCCUUAAACGUGUGGAGAGGCUGAAGAGGAGGGUGGAGUCGGUGUCCAACCAUCAGCGAAUGUUGGAGCAGGCCAGGCAGCUGCGAGUGGAGAAGGAGAGAGAGGAGUCACUCACUCAUCAGAAGCAAGAGCAGAAGAAUCAGCUGUUUCAGGCCGAGCAGAGACUCCUGAGGUUACAGCAACAGUUGAAGGAUCUGCGUCAAGCAGCGGCGGACGCCCACCCAGAGAGCUUGAUGAAGCGACUUGAGGAAGAAAUAAAGAUCAACUCCUACAUGGUCACCGAAAAACUCCCCAAAGAGCUGGAGGGCCUGCGGCGCACAGUGCAGUACAUGCAGAAGGUGUCGUCAGAGCCUGCAAUGGGCCAGGCUGACCUCCAGGACAUGGAGGGCAAGAUUAAAGAAGUCGACUCUCAGAUAAACCAGCUGAUUGAGAAGAAGAUGAUGAGAAAUGACCCCAUGGACGACAAACUGACCCUCUAUAGGCAACAGGCCUCUAUCAUCAUUCGAAAGAAGGAGUCAAAGGCAGAGGAGCUCCAGGAAGCGAGGGAGGAGCUGGCCGCCGCGGAGAGGGAGCUGAAGCAGAGGAGCAGCCAGGGACAAGGCUCAAACGGGGAAGAAGUCAUCCGCGGUGACGAGCUGAAACGCUUAGUGGCAAAAUUGCGCAGCAAAGGAACAACCUACAAGAAGAAGAGGCAGGAAAUUGCUGAGCUGAGAGCAGAAUAUGGAGUCCUCCAACGGACAGAGGAGAUACUCAGACAGAGACACGACGCCGUCCAGCAGAAACUGCAAACCGUGGAGGCCCAGAAGGGCAUCUCUGGAUACAGCGACACUCAGGAGGAGCUGGAGAGGGUCUCCGCCAUCAAGAGCGACCUAGACGAGAAGAAGGGCCGCACUCUGGAUGACAUGUCUGAAAUGGUGAAGAAGUUGAACUCGAUGAUUGUGGAGAAGAAAUCCGCUCUCGCACCAAUUAUUAAAGAGCUGAGGUCACUGAGACAGCGGCGAGCGGAGCUGAAUCAGGAGUAUGAGGAGAAGAAGGCCCAGUAUGAAAGUUGUGCUGCUGGUUUGGAGAGCAACAGAUCCAAACUGGAACAAGAGGUGAAAGCGCUGAGGGAGGAGAUGGCCCAGAAAGAAAACCGAUACCAUUACAUCAACUCUGUGUCAGAGAUCAUUGAGAUGCAAAUUCAGCGCGCUGCUGAAGAGAUGAAGGCCUAUGUGUCAUCUGAUCCACAGGAGAAGAAGAAGACCAUCAGGGAAGUGUACAUGAAGAACAUUGCAGAACAGGAAUUACUUGGCAAGAAGUUGCGUGAGGAGCAGAAGGUCGUGAGGGAGAACCACAGCGCCAACAUGGAGCAGAUGAAGAUGUGGCGGGACCUGGAGCAGCUGAUGGAGUGCAAGAGGCAGUGCUUCAUAAAGGCUCAGAACCAGGUUUCUAUUGGUCAGGUCAUUCAGGAAGGAGGCGAGGACAGGCUGGUUCUCUGAAGACGUGAUGCUCCCACGCUGUCUGUUUACUACGCUAGAUGAAACUUUGCAUUCUUCAUCCUCCUGUAACACGGCCAAAACAUUGUGAAGACUUGAUUGUUUCCAGAAACGGUCGCGUUAAUUCUCCCUCUCUCGAGUGUCUUGGACCGGAGACGUUGAGCUUCACUUGACAGUUUAUAUUUUGAGACCUCUGACCUCUGGCGAUGACCACAUCUUAAAGGACACACGUCUCUGGUCAAGGGGUUUCUCUUUUGUCAAUCCCUUUUUACACGCCUUUAAGGAUACUCUUCCAGUCAAAUGUGUCCAAACAUAUCGGCGUACAAAGUGGUGCACUUGGGGUGUGACAGCGGUCAGCUAUUUUUGGCAGCACAAAGCAUGACCAUGUGCAGGGAUUGUGGGGUCCAGUUUUGGAUUUCACUGGGACCACCAGGACCGCUGGGGGGGAUAAGAGGUUCCUGUGCUUGUUAAAUCCUUUGUCCAUUUCUAAUUGUUGGUAACAUUGACCGACAUUCAAAUGAUCGAUCCUUAGUUCCUAACUGUGUUUUCUAUGUGUUUGAUUGCAUUAAAGUUUGCAGUUCUGAAAAAGUCUGCCCACUUUCCACAGU